UGAGACAACUCAGAUAAGUGCAACCAGCGAUUUGGCAAGCUAUAAAAAGAGCCCACAAUUGUCUGGAUGGCCAUGUCUUCAUCAUAGACACAAUACACUAUAAACCCAUGUCAUUCUUUCCCUAUAAAUUCUAUAUCACGGAUUUCUUUUAUUCACGGUUCUGAAUUUAAUCACAUACUUUCAUAAUCAAGACCUAAAAACCGAGAUGGGAUUUCGUUUCCAGGCCUUAAUCUCUUGCUUUCUUCAGGUUCUGCUCUUGUUGUUGUCUCUGGAGCAAGCAAGAGCUGGACAGUUCUACAAUGUGACCAGGUUAACAAGAGGUAGGAAGCAAGCGAGUGAUUGCAAUUUGUUCAAAGGCAAAUGGGUUAUUGAUCCUUCAUAUCCUCUCUAUGAUUCAAGCUGUCCAUACAUAGACCCUGAGUUUAAUUGCCAAAAGUAUGGUAGACCUGAUAAGCAGUACCUUAAGUAUGCUUGGAAACCUGAUUCCUGUGACUUGCCCAGGUUUGAUGGGAUGGGAUUUCUGAGGAGGUGGAGAGGAAAGAAGAUAAUGUUUGUGGGUGACUCACUGAGUCUGAACAUGUUUGAAUCAUUGUCAUGUAUGAUUUACGCGUCAGUGCCCAGUGCCAAAUACAACUCUGUGAUGAGUAAAGAGUCCGUGACCUUUCCGGAGUAUGGGGUUAGUUUGCUUCUACAUAGAACGCCAUACCUUGUGGAUAUAGUGAAAGAAGACGUGGGCCGCGUGCUAAACCUAGACUCAAUCCAGGGUGGAAAUUCAUGGAAAGGGAUGGACAUGCUGAUCUUCAACUCGUGGCAUUGGUGGACCCACACAGGAGACUCUCAGCCGUGGGAUUAUAUCCGAGAUGGGAGUAAUUUGUACAAAGAUAUGGACCGUCUAACAGCAUUUAAUAAGGGGCUCAACACAUGGGCUAGCUGGGUUGAUCAAAAUGUUGAUCCUACUCAAACCAAGGUCUUCUUUCAGGGGAUUUCUCCCACCCAUUAUCAGGGCCAGGAGUGGAAUCAACCCAAAAAUACUUGUUCUGGAGAAGUUGAACCUCUAUCCGGGUCAACCUAUCCAGCAGGUCCACCGCCAGCUACUGCUGUGGUGAACAAUGUGUUAAGUAAGAUUAAGAAACCUGUUUAUUUGCUUGACAUAACAACUCUCUCACAAUUGAGAAAAGAUGCGCACCCCUCAGCUUAUAGCGGUGAGCAUCCAGGCAAUGACUGUAGCCACUGGUGCCUUCCUGGAUUGCCUGAUACCUGGAACCAGCUCCUAUACACAGCUCUCAGCCUUCAAACACUUCAAAGAGGGAACAGAGGAAACAAGAAACUAGUAGCCAACAUAUACUGCAGCAUUCACUAUGUAACAGUCAUCAUUCUUGUCGCCCAUUUCUUCCACAUGAACACCACUUGAGCAUAUAAGUCCACCAUCCACAACUUCAAAUUUCACAAUUUUCCCACUGGAAUUACAUGAGAAAAUAAGAUAGGAAGUCGAAAGAGAAUAAA